AUGCAUAUGAGUGAUGAUUGCCCAAGUCACUAUGAAGAAGUUUCUGCUAUGUAUCAAGGCAGACAAGGACAAUACUCACAGAGGAACCCAUAUUCCUCAACUUAUAAUGAGGGUUGGAGUGAUCACCCUAAUUUGAGGUGGAAGACCAAUGAUGAUAGGCAAUUAACUUCACAACAGAAAUUUCAGAAUCAAAGGCCAUCUUUCGAGUCAAAUUCAAGAGUCAUAGUUCCUAUUCAGAAUACUCUUUCUUCAAACGAUGGUAUUGUUGAGUUGCUUAAAGGUAUGAAAGAAGGAAUGAGUGAUUUGGGUGCAAGGAUUGAAAGCACUGUAGCUUCUUCUAAUUCAAAACUUAUUGCCAUAGAAUGUAAGUUUGAUAGCAAGUUUGAACAAUGGGAAAAUAAAACAAACAAUCUUUCUGGCUAUGUCACUCAACUAGCUAACUCAUUAAGUGAGGUGCAAGCUAAAAUUGGAGGGAAUUUACCCUCCAACACUAUGACAAAUCCAAAGUCUCCGAAUGUAAUAUCCUUAAGGAGUGGGAAGCAGGUAGGGGCUAGUGAGAAGAAACUAAGAUUUACAAAAGAAUGUUGUCACAAGGAAUCAGAUUCUAGUUCAGAAAAAGAUUCUGCACCUAUUGUGCAAUCUGAAAUAUCUGGAAAGUUAUCUAAUGAUCAACUUAAGAAGGAUGCUAUGAAUUUGUUUGGCAAACUUGCUGUGAAUGUUCCUUUACUUGAUUUCUUGAAAGGAGUACUUAAAUACAUGAGGUUUCUAAAAGAAUUAUGCACAAACAAGAAGAAAUGUAAACCUAAUGAGAAAGUGCAAUUGGGCUCUAAUGUUUCUGCCAUUUUUAAACCUCAACUACCUAUUAAGUGUGCUGAUCUUGGAUCUUUCACAAUACCUUGCACUGUUGGUCCAUUGAAUAUUACUAAUGCUCUUUUGGACUUAAGAGCUGCAAUUAAUGUGAUGCCUAUUUCUUUAUACACAUCUUUAGGCAUUCAAACUAUUAAAAGCACUAGCAUGUUAAUAAAACUUGCUGAUAGGACCAUUAGGAAGCCAAAAGGGUUGUUGGAAGAUGUCUUGGUGAAUGUCAAGGACUUGGUUAUCCCUGCAGAUUUUUAUGUUUUGGAUAUGGAUACCCUACCCCAUGUUCAAGAAACACUGGUUUUGGGUAGACCAUUUCUUAGGACUACUAAUACAGUUAUUGACUCUUUGACAGUUGAUAGCUCACUUUCCACUUUGUCAUCUUUUUCUUUUGAUCUCUCUUCUAUUAAUGAUGAGGUAUUUUCUCAUGCAUCAAGCGAAGAGCUUGGAAAGGAUUUUGUGUCUGAUUUUACAGAAGUGAAAAAGCUAGCUCAAGCAUGUCUAGCAGCUUUGGAGCUUAAGGAAUUAGUACCUUCUGUCAUUAAACCACCAGAGUUGGAACUUAAACCAUUGCCUUCUCAUUUGAAAUAUGCAUAUCUAGCUGAAAACGAUAAAUUGCCUGUUAUCAUAGCUAGCUCCUUAUAUGAUAUUGAGGAGAAGAAAUUACUCACUAUUUUGAAAAGAAAUAAGAAAGCAAUAGGCUGGUCUAUGGCUGAUAUUCCUGAUGGUUUUUCAAGGUAUUUCCAGAUUCCUAUUGCUUCGGAAGACCAAGACAAGACCACAUUCACUUGUCCAUUUGGAACAUUUGCCUACAGGAGGAUGCCUUUUGGGCUAUGCAAUGCCCCAAGUACUUUUCAAAGGGCUAUGAUGUCCAUUUUUAGUGAAUUUCUAGGCUCAUCUAUGGAAGUGUUUGUGGAUAAUUUUACUGUGUAUGGUGACACAUUUGAUGAUUGUUUGGAAAGUCUAGAUCGGGUUUUAUCUCGGUACAUUGAUAGGAAUUUGAUUUUGAAUUUUGAAAAAUGCCAUUUUAUGGUUAACAAUGGAAUUGUCUUGGGUCAUCUAGUCUCUAGAAAAGGAAUUGAAGUAGACAAAGCUAAAAUUGAAGUUAUUGCUUCUUUGCCCUAUCCAACUAACUUGAAAGAACUUAGGUCAUUCCUUGGACAUGCUGGUUUCUAUCAAAGAUUUGUGAAAGAUUUCAGCAAAAUAGCAAACCCUCUUUCUAGGCUCAUGCAAAAGGAUGUGGCAUUUGUUUUUGAUGAUGCUUGCAAAAAGGCUUUUGAUUCAUUAAAGAGCAUGCUUGUUUCUCCACCUAUACUUUCUGCACCUGAUUGGAAAUUAGAUUUUGAACUUGCUUGUGAUGCAUCUCAUACUUCUAUUAGAGCUGUGUUAGACAAAUUUAGACCUUACCUUCUUGCAUCAAAAGUGGUUGUCUUUACUGACCAUGCUGCUGUCAAGUUUUUGUUUGGCAAGCCACACACUAAGCCUAGACUUUUAAGAUGGGUUUUCCUUCUGCAAGAGUUUGACAUAGAGAUCAAAGACCGAAGUGGAGUUGAAAACCAUGUUACAGACCAUUUGAGUCGAUUACCAAUAGGAACUAAGGGAGUUUCUGACCCUAAUCUGAUUUGUGAUGAAUUUCCAACUGCUAUUCUUUGUUCUAUAGCUUCUCAUGAUCCAUGGUUUGCAAACAUGGUUAAUUUUCUAGCUACUGGUUUAAUCCCUGCUACAUUGUCUCAUUUUCAGACUUAG